AGGCACCCAGCAUUGUCCCCUCCCCCAUGCACUCACCCCAGUAAUCCUCGCCAACCGAGAGCCCGGAAUUAAUUCCUGAGAAUGGCUCAGUUACUCAGUACUGUAUACUGAGUAAACAGACCUGGGACUCUCAGGCUGGGGUCUGCAGUUCAGCAUUCAUGGGACGCUAACAUGAAUAUAGAAGGAAGGGUUUUCUCUAACAAAGGGAGAAGAAAGAACAACAAAGAGUUAAGAAAGCAGAGGACCAAAAGGUAAAUAAAUUGAAGGCACAGCUGCAUUGCUCAUAUUUCCCUGAGAGGAAGCUUGAAGGAGAUCCAGCCUGCACUCAAAUGUACAGUGAACCAAGGGCACUCCUUCCCUGUUGAGGAUUCCAAGGAAUGGCUGAUUGUGUUCCUGUAUAUGGUAUUGUAUGAGACUGUACCUGUGCUUCAUCAAUGAAUCUUCCAUUUGCCUGUUUCUCAGAAUAAUGUGGAUCAUGGAGCCAGGCUAUCUUCUAUGGACUUUAGUGUUUAUGCAGUCCUUGUGGCCUCUACUGACUGAUGGGGCCAUUCGAGUCUACUACCUGGGCAUCCAAGAUGUACAGUGGAACUAUGCUCCCAAGGGAAGAAAUGUCAUCACAAACCAGACUCUGGACAGUGACAUAGUGGCUUCCCGCUUCCUAAAAUCUGACAAGAACCGGAUAGGGAGCAGCUACAAGAAGACCAUCUAUAAGGAAUACAGGGAUGGGUCAUACAGUGAGGAAGUGGUCCAGCCUGCCUGGAUGGGUUUCCUGGGGCCAUUGGUACAGGCUGAAGUGGGGGAUGUCAUUCUUAUCCAUCUGAAGAAUUUUGCCUCUCGGCCCUAUACCAUUCACCCCCAUGGUGUUUUCUAUGAGAAGGACUCAGAAGGCUCCUUAUACCCAGAUGGCUCUUCUGGGUACUUGAAAGCUGAUGAUUCUGUUCCCCCGGGGGGUACCCAUGUAUACAAUUGGACCAUCCCAGAAGGCCAUGCACCCACUGGUGCUGACCCUGCAUGCCUUACCUGGAUCUACCAUUCUCAUGUAGAUGCUCCACGAGACAUUGCAACUGGCCUCAUUGGACCCCUCAUUACUUGUAAAAGAGGAACUUUGGAUGGGAACUUCCCACCUCGGAGGAAGGAUGUGGACCAUAACUUCUUUCUGCUCUUCAGUGUGGUAGAUGAGAACCUUAGCUGGCACCUCGAUGAGAACAUUGCUACUUACUUAGAUUCUGCCUCUGUGGAUAAAGAAGAUGAAGGCUUCCAGGAGAGCAACAGGAUGCAUGCAAUCAAUGGGUUUGUUUUUGGGAACUUACCAGAUCUGAGCAUGUGUGCACAGAAUCAUGUGGCUUGGCACUUGUUUGGCAUGGGCAAUGAAGUGGAUGUCCACACAGUUUUCUUCCAUGGACAGAUGCUAACUACCCGAGGACACCGCACUGAUGUGGCUCAAAUCUUUCCAGCCACCUUUGUGACUGCAGAGAUGGUACCCCAGAAGCCUGGAACUUGGUUAAUUAGCUGUCAAGUGAACAGCCACUUACAAAGUGGCAUGCAGGCUGUCUACCAGGUCAAAUCUUGCUCCAUGGCACCACCUGUGAACCAGCUUACAGGCAAAGUUAGGCAGUAUUUCAUUGAAGCUCAUGAGAUUCAAUGGGACUAUGGCCCAACGGGGUUUGAUGGAAGAACUGGGAAGAGUUUGAGAGAGCCAGGAAGUGCUUCAGAUAAAUUCUUCCAGAAGAGCUCUAGCCGAAUUGGAGGUACUUACUGGAAAGUUCGAUAUGAAGCCUUCCAAGAUGAAACAUUCCAGGAAAGGGCACAUCUGAAGGAAGAAACACAUCUUGGGAUAUUGGGACCAGUGAUCCGGGCUGAAGUGGGUGACACCAUUCAAGUGGUCUUCUACAACCGUGCUUCCCAGCCAUUCAGCAUACAGCCCCAUGGGGUCUUUUAUGAGAAAGACUAUGAGGGCACUGUGUACAAUGAUGGUUCAUCCCAUGCUGCCUUGGUAGCCAAGCCCUUUGAAAAAGUAACAUACAAUUGGACAGUCCCUCCCCAUGCUGCUCCCACUGCUCAGGACCAGACAUGUCUCACAUGGAUGUAUUAUUCUGCUGCCGAUCCCAUAAAAGACACAAAUUCUGGCUUGGUGGGCCCUCUGCUGGUGUGCAAGGCUGGUGCCUUGGGUGCAGAUGGCAAGCAGAAAGGAAUUGAUAAAGAAUUCUUUCUCCUCUUCACUGUGUUUGAUGAGAACAAGAGCUGGUACAGCAAUGCCAAUCAAGCAGCUGCUAUGUUGGAUUCUCGAUUGCUCUCAGAAGAUGUUGAGGGUUUUCAGGUCUCCAAUAGAAUGCAUGCCAUUAAUGGGUUUCUGUUCUCUAACCUGCCCAGGCUGGACAUCUGCAAGGGUGAUACAGUGGCCUGGCACCUGCUUGGCCUGGGCACAGAGACUGACGUGCAUGGGGUCAUGUUUGAAGGCAACACGGUGCAGCUUCAGGGCAUGAGGAAAGGUGCAGCCAUGCUCUUUCCUCACACCUUUGUCAUGGCCAUCAUGCAGCCUGACAACACGGGGACAUUUGAUAUCUAUUGCCAAGCAGGCAACCACCAAAAAGCAGGGAUGAGAGCAGUCUAUAAUGUUUCCCAGUGUUCUGGCCAUCAAGAUAGCCCACGUCAACGCUACCAAGCUUCAAGAACCUACUACAUCAUGGCAGAAGAGGUGGAGUGGGAUUAUUGUCCUGAUAGGAGCUGGGAACUGGAAUGGCAUAAUCAGUCUGAGAAGGACAGUUAUGGUCAUAUUUUCCUGAGCAACAAGGAUGGGCUUCUGGGUUCCAGAUACAAGAAAGCCAUAUUCAGGGAAUACACUGAUGGUACUUUCAGAAUUCCUAAGUCAAGAUCUGGACCAGAGGAGCACUUAGGUAUCCUGGGUCCACUUAUCAAAGGGGAGGUUGGUGACAUCCUGACUGUGGUGUUCAAGAAUAAUGCCAGUCGACCCUACUCUGUGCAUGCUCAUGGAGUGCUAGAAUCUAGUACUGGAUGGCCUCAGGCUGCUGAGCCUGGUGAAGUGCUUACUUACCAGUGGAACAUCCCAGAGAGAUCAGGCCCUGGGCCUAAUGACUCUGCUUGUGUUUCUUGGGUAUAUUAUUCUUCAGUGGAUCCUAUCAAGGACAUGUAUAGUGGCCUGGUUGGGCCCUUAGCCAUUUGCCGAAAGGGUGUACUGGAGCCCCAUGGAGGCCGGAGUGAUAUGGACCGGGAGUUUGCCUUGUUAUUUUUGAUAUUUGAUGAAAACCAGUCAUGGUAUCUGGAAGAGAAUGUGGCAACCUAUGGGUCCAAAGAACAAGACCAUAUUAAUCUACAGGAUGAGACUUUCUUGGAGAGCAAUAAAAUGCACGCCAUCAAUGGGAAGCUCUAUGCUAACCUCAGGGGUCUUACUAUGUACCAAGGAGAGCGAGUAGCCUGGUACAUGCUGGCCAUGGGCCAAGAUAUUGACAUACACACUGUCCACUUCCAUGCUGAGAGCUUUCUCUAUCAGAAUGGACAGAGGUACCGAGCAGAUGUGGUAGAUCUGUUCCCGGGGACAUUUGAGGUUGUGGAAAUGGUGGCUAGCAAUCCUGGGACAUGGCUGAUGCACUGCCAUGUGACUGAUCAUGUCCAUGCUGGCAUGGAGACUCUUUUUACUGUCUUGUCUCAAGAAGAACACUUAAGUACUAUCACCACCAGUACCAAAGAGUUUGGAAAAGCAGUGAUACUAAGAGACAUUGGAGAAGGCAAUGUGAAGAUGCUGGGCAUGAAAGUCUCUAUAAAAGAUGUUGAGAUUCUGACUGCUGUUUUGAUUGCCAUCGGCCUUCUCCUCCUGCUUGUUGUUCUGAUUCUUGGUGGUGUGGUCUGGUAUCAGCAUCGGCAAAGAAAGCUACGGCGCAAUAGGAGGUCCAUCCUGGAUGAUAGCUUCAAGCUUCUGUCUCUCAAACAGUAGAAGCUGAAUCCUGAAGAUAUCUUCCAAGAAUAUACCCAGAAUGUACUUUCAGGCUCUCAGGAGGCCAUGGACUAGCAACUAACUCUCUUGUUAAAGGGGCAUGAGUUGUGGAGAAGCAGAGGAUGGAAUCAAAAUUUUGUGGCUAGACUUCAUUUAUUUAUUUGCAUACAAUCAUAUGCUCUUACUAUUCAUUUUCUUUGAGAUUCUUGGUGGCAGGGACUAAGUCCCAGACUAUUAUACACCACAAAUUUCAACAGAUUAUAUCACCUUUCAAUUUCUGAAAGGACUGAAAAUUCCUAGAAACUAAUCAUUAUUACAAAGUAGAUACCAAAUAUGCUCAUCUUCAGGAUUUAGGCCAAUGUACAUUUAAUGGAGGCCCAAUAAGCCAUGAAGAUAACCCAUAGCUAAUCUAAGGACUAAGGAAUGGGGAAUAGGAGAUAGGGGAGAGAUUAGGUAUCCAAAUUAUCCUUUGACACUUCUCAACCAUAGACUGCUUUAGAGAAGUAAGUGAAUGUAUUAUGGCUGCACGAGUACCUAUGAUCGCUGCCAUGGGAAACACCUUUCCAAGACAACCCUUUGAGUUCCUACAUAGUGGUAGUGGAGGGAAUGUUGAGAGUCUGUUUUAUGUUUGAGACAGAAAAUCCUACCCAUUAAAGUGCUUAUUAAAACACCAAAAGACUAAGUUUGGUGAUUUUAAUAAUCCCUGUGGCCUUUGAAAGGUGAGAUUAUAUUUGAAAUAAAGCACUCUCAGAUGUUUGGAGAUGCAAAGUA